UUAGGGGUCUUUACAUGAACAUUCUAGGUUUCAGCUACCGCCUUUUCUUUUUUUUUUCUUUUUAUUUUUUUUUUUUUAUUUUCCUUCUCUUUAUUCCUGCCUCCUGUUUUCUCUUAUUCUUCUUAUCUUUCAGCACAUUACUUUUAAACAUUAAUGCCUCCGUCUUAUAACUACAAAAACUCUGCUGUAAAACGAAUAUUACAAGAGGCAAAAGAGUUGGCCAAGGAACAAACCAAUGAAUAUGAAGGUCAUCCUUUAGAAGACGAUAUAUUUGAAUGGCAUUUUACCGUUAGUGGUCCUGUUGAUACUGAGUUUGAAGGUGGAAGAUAUCAUGGACGUAUUCUUUUACCUGCUGAAUACCCUUUCAAACCACCACAAUUGAUCUUUUUGACGCCCAACGGUCGGUUUGAACUUAAUACCAAAGUCUGUCUCAGUAUCACAGAUCAUCAUCCUGAAUUUUGGCAACCAGCUUGGGGAAUACGAACUGUAUUAUUAGCCAUUAUGGGGUUUUUCCCUACAAGUGCGAAAGGUGCAGUAGGUGGAUUGGACUACCCAAAAGAUGAAAGACAAAGAUUAGCAAAAAUAUCAAAAGAUUGGCGAUGUGAUGUAUGUAAAAUGAAAAACAGUGAUAUCAUUAUUCAAGACGAUUCAUCUAUACCAAAAAAACCAGUACGACAUACCGAUGAUGACUUGCCUUCUUUUACAUUCACCGCUACAGAUAUUGACGACAAACCUUAUAAUACAUCAUCAUCAUCAUCAUCAUCUACUUCCGCAAUAACUCAUUAUGACACAUCUAAUAUAAUAGGAUCCUCAGAUUCUUCUUCCACAGUAAUAUCAACACGACUAUCAUCAUCAUCAUCAUCAUCAUCGUCUGUGAUGCUUCCAAGCGGUAACAGAAAAAUGAUUUCAAAGACAACCACGAAGAAGGAAUCACCAUCGCUAUCAUCACCAUCGUCAACAUCAUCAUCACCAGUAUUAGCGCCAACGACAAGACGACGAACAUCCGCACCUCCAUUAUGGCUUGAUACCUUGAUUGGAUUAUGCAUCACUUUAUUAGUUUAUAUUUUAUAUCAAAAAUAUUUGUGACGAACAAUGGUUUAUCGUAUCUCUUACAUCCCCCCUAUAUUUAGUUAUUAUUUUGAUCAACAUUUAGAAUAGAAUUUUAGUCUAGUUUUAGACAGUUUUGUUUCUUUAUCAACUUGUAUUAUAAUGAAAUAAAAAAAGCAAUCAUUGAUGAUUCA